AUGGUGUCCGAAAUCAAGUCCCUUUCUGAAUUUGAGUCCGCCGUGGGCUCCGACAAGCUCGUGGUCGUGGACUUCUACGCCACGUGGUGCGGUCCCUGCAAGAUGAUCGCGCCCAUGAUUGAGAAGUUUGCCACCCAGUUCCAGGAGGCGUCAUUCUACAAGGUGGACGUGGACGCGGCCGCGGAGGUGGCGCACAAGUACCAGAUCACGUCGAUGCCCACGAUUCUAUUUUUCAAGAACGGGCAGGCGGUGGACAAGGUGGUCGGCGCGGACGUGCAGUCGAUCAGAACCAAGAUUGCGCAGCACCUGUAG